GCGCUCUUCCACUUGAGCAGCCAACUUGUUAUCAGGGCACAUUCUCGGGCUGCGAUGUGGAGCGAAAGAGCGACGGCGUCCGGAUAAACAGAUACUACUUUAUUUUAUUUGACUGUGUUUACAUUCGUUUUAAACAACCCAUUUGACCUUUGUUUCUUUUCGGGGGGAAAAUCACCACACGUUUACUCAAACUUUUGGAGGCAAGUCGCCACAUAUUCUCGUUUUUUGGGGGUGGGGGAGUCGGGGGCUUAGCCAUUGUUUCCUCACGCAUGGAUCUUUAGUGCAUUGAGUAACCUCUCACUGGUUGGACUGCAGUAGUUUUUUUGUGGCCCCGGGGUCUCUGCAUGAGGACAUCCCACAGUGGGGACGCACGCUAAGGGAACGCACGCGCUUCCAAGGAGACAAACUUUGUCAAGUUGUUGCAAAAGCCGUGGAUUAUUAUUGCCAUGGACAGCGCCAGAACAUCCAGAAGAUGAAAAAUGGACACUUUCUUGUAGCUAGUUGUGUCUCUCCACUGAGCCGUUUGGACGAUCUGAUUACAAGUGGUUUGUUCUAGCGGCUGCAACACGUUUUUUUCCUUCCCCUCUUGUCGAUCCAUUUCACUGGUGUGCAAAAAUGCCUCAGCUGAACGGAGGCGGCGGGGAUGAUUUGGGGGCCAAUGAUGAAAUGAUAUCUUUUAAAGACGAAGGGGAGCAGGAGGAAAAGAUUUCCGAAAAUGUCUCGGCGGAAAGAGAUUUGGAUGACGUGAAAUCUUCGCUCGUAAACGAGUCGGAAAACAACAGCAGCUCGUCAGACUCGGAGCAAGCAGAGAGGCGUCCCCAAACCAGAGUUGACUCAGAAAGUUAUGAGAAAGCAAGAGACUACUUUACUGAAGCACUGAGAAGACAGCACGAUGGAGGUCUCUUUAAGAGCCCCCACUACCCCGGCUACCCCUUUCUCAUGAUCCCAGACCUCACCAAUCCAUACUUAUCCAAUGGCUCUCUUUCUCCCAGUGCAAGAACAUAUUUGCAGAUGAAAUGGCCUCUUUUGGAUGUCCCAGGCUCUGCAGGACUCAAAGAUUCCCGCUCUCCAACACCGGGCCAUUUAUCAAAUAAAGUUCCUGUGGUGCAGCAUGCCCACCAUGUUCACCCGCUGACACCCCUCAUCACAUACAGCAAUGAACACUUCUCCCCUGGCACGCCACCGUCACAUCUCUCUCCGGAAAUACUUGACCCAAAGACAGGUAUUCCCCGGACCCCUCACCCAUCAGAACUUUCUCCAUACUACCCCUUGUCUCCUGGUGCAGUUGGUUCUAUUGCCCACCCGUUAGGCUGGCUCAUGCCACAGCAGGGCCAGCACAUGUACUCCAUCCCUCCCGGGGGAUUCCGUCACCCCUAUCCAGCCCUGGCAAUGAAUGCAUCCAUGUCCAGCUUGGUGUCCAGUCGUUUCUCCCCUCACAUGGUGACUCCUCCACCACACAGCCUCCACCAGACCGGCAUUCCCCAUCCUGCAAUUGUGUCACCAGCCAUCAAGCAAGAGCCCAACAGUGACAACACGACCCCAUCAAUGCAUGCCAGGAAAUCUCCCAUUCCUCCCAAGAAAGAAGAGGACAAGAAGCCUCAUAUCAAAAAGCCUCUGAAUGCUUUCAUGUUGUAUAUGAAGGAGAUGAGAGCCAAAGUAGUGGCAGAGUGCACUCUGAAGGAAAGUGCUGCUAUCAACCAGAUCCUUGGAAGACGGUGGCAUUCCCUGUCAAGAGAGGAACAAGCCAAAUACUAUGAGCUGGCAAGAAAAGAGAGGCAACUCCACUCCCAGCUAUACCCUGGAUGGUCAGCACGAGAUAACUACGGAAAACGGAAAAAGAGGAAGAGGGACAAUAAACCGGACUCAAAACCAGAAGACUUCUCAAUCAGAAGCAAGAAACAGUGCGUUCAGUACCUGCCCUCAGAGAAGAUGUGUGACAGCCCGGCGUCUUCCCACGGAAGCAUGUUGGAUUCACCAGCCACCCCCUCUGCAGCGCUGGCCUCCCCAGCUGCUCCUGCGGCCACUCACUCCGAGCAGGCCCAGCCGCUCUCGCUCACCACCAAACCGGAGGGCCGCAUGCACCACCACUUCUCUGUACUUGGAAAAGUUUCAGGAGGCACAUCUUCCUCAUCCUCCUCAUCGUCAUCUGCCUCACAGCCGACCAUUUCUAUCCCAAUUGGUACUUCAGGUAGCCAGUCGACUACACCCAUCCUGACCAGGCCGAUCCCGUUCACAUCUCUGCACCCUUCCAUGCUCUCACCCCCGUCACCUUUCCAUCAGGCCCUUCACUCCCACCACGCCCUGUUCCAGUCACAGCCCUUGUCCUUGGUCACCAAGCCAACAGAAUGAAUCUGCAAAAACUAUUUUCCCACCAUUUAUUAAGCUGUAUAUUGCUUUUCUUUCAGAUAGGUAGUAAAGCAACCUUUUUUUCGAAAUAAAGAAAAGGAAGAAAUAUUAUUGGUCAAUAUUUGACCGUCUCCUUUUCUAGAUCUCUCCAUGAAACAAAAUGUAUUUUUUGUAAAGUUCCCUGCAGAACCGUUUUUGUUUUGAUGCAUUUAUCCAACGAACCUCUUGUAUAAAAGAACCAGUGUACAUACCUUUUCUUUAUAAAAACAAAAAUCGAACAAAAAUACAUAUCCUUUGUAGCCAAAAUCUGAUUAAUUUUAGUAUAUAUUUUUGUUUUGUCCUUGAGCUGGCCAAUAAUUUUUCAGCCCUCUUUUCAAUUCGCAAGUGUGUGCCCCUUCUUUGACAUGUUAAAUAAACAUUUGAAAUGGUUUCUUACAGAAAA